AUGAAGGAUUCAAGUUAUGAAACGUGUAGAGGGGUGAACAGAGAGGUAUCAACAUGUUCGCCAUCACGUUCGUCUUCUCGUCAACCCUCAUCACCGCGUUCACGAUCUUCAAUUUCACGGAAAGACGACUUAAUAUUCAUCAAUAUUAGCGCCGAUGAUUUUUCAAAUGAAACGAGCAGAUCAAGUCUCAGCGUUCGUCCUGAUGGACAAUUCAUGUGUUCAAGCCUAAAGUAUGGAUUCAAGAUGGAAGUAGGUGCUCUUGAAUCUAGUAGACCUCUAAACUCGCCCACAAAAAAGAAACAAAGCGAUGGGUUAAAACUCAUAAUGACAAUGUUAAUGGCUGGGGCGCGUGUUCGUGAGAAUUUUAAUCCAAAAUACAUGUCACAUACCAUUCAAGGCCUGAACAAAAUUGAGUAUGUGACAUUGCAGACCUUUAAUGGACAAUUAAUCGUACAUAUGUACGAUUUCUCUUAUAGCCCAAUAAAGAUAAAUGAAAGGUUGGUUGAAGUCGUAAACUCAAUUUGGCCUACAUUAAAGGUUAUUAAUCAAAUUUAUUGUCAAAAUAAAAAAAAUUAUGUAAAUGUUUAG